AUGGACAGCGAGGAUGAGAGCGUGGAAGAAGUCGUGGAAGGUCCGCUGGAUGAAGAUGACCAACCUCAUGGGCAAUGCACAGUGACUUACUCAUCUAGUGAUCGCUUUGAAGGACACUUUAAACACGGAGAGAAAAAUGGGAAGGGAAAAUUCUUUUUCUUUGAUGGAAGCACCUUGGAGGGCUUCUAUGUGGAUGAUGUUCUUCAGGGUCAGGGGGUGUAUUCGUACGAAGAAGGGGGCAUCAUGUAUGGCACGUAUGUGGAUGGCGAACUCAACGGGCCAGCUCAGGAAUUGGAUCGAGAGGGUCGCCUGGUGUUCAAGGGCCAGUACAAAGACAACAUUCGCUGUGGAGAGUGCUGGGCAUACUACCCUGAUGGAGGCUGUGUGUUUGGGGAGGUGAAUGACGAAGGAGAUAUGACCGGUGAAUCAUUAGCAUACGUCUACCCUGAUAGACGUACAGCUCUACAUGGAAGUUUUGUUGAAGGAGAACUAAUUCAAGCUCGGCUCGCCACACUUACAGUUGCUGAGAACGGAAGACCAUAUUUCGAGGUCACACCUCAUGGUGCUGUUUAUACUUAUGAUAAGUCCACGUCCACUUGUAUUGCUACCCAUACUCUGCUGCCAGACCCUUACGAGAGUCAAAGGGUGUUUGUGGCAGACUCCUUGAUUAAAGGAGCUGGACAAGGUCUGUUUGCCAAGAUAGAUGCUGAAAGAGACACCGUGGUGGCCUUUUAUAAUGGAGUACGAAUCACACACUCAGAGGUAGACAACAGAGACUGGGCAUUGAACGGCAACACAAUCUCACUCGAUGAAGACACUGUGAUUGAUGUACCUCAGCCAUUUGACCAGAUAGAGAAAUAUUGUGCCUCACUUGGUCACAAAGCAAACCACUCCUUCACCCCAAACUGCAAAUAUGAUGUGUUUGUCCACCCCCGUUUUGGGUCUAUCAAAUGCAUCCGUACAUUAAGGGCCGUGCAAAAGGAUGAAGAGCUGACUGUUGCCUAUGGUUACGACCAUGGGGCGACUGGGAAGAAUGCCCCUGAGGCUCCUGACUGGUACAAGCAGGAGCUGCAUGUGUUUCAACAUGGACAAGCAGUUCCCACAGCCUAUUGA